UGUACAUCAGUGUACAUGAACGGAGCGGGGCAAGUGGGCGGAGUGAGCGUAUUUUUCAAGCGGAAUCCGGGCGCGGGCGGCGGCUCCGUCGCGUGGGGCGGCUGCGGAGCGAUCAGUCGAGAUCGGCGCCUCCACUCCAUGCCCGAGCACGACACGUACCAGCUGCGUCCGCGCGCAGCGCGCAGCCGCGAGCCGCGCACGCGCCGCACGCCUCAGCCUCUCAGCAAAUACAGGAGAAAAACAGCAAACGCGCGCGAAAGAAGUCGAAUGCGCGAAAUCAAUCGCGCCUUCGAAGCCCUACGCAGGGCUGUCCCGGCCGCCGCCAUCACAGGCGCUCCUGUCCCCUGCGAGAAACUCACCAAAAUCACUACCUUGCGCCUAGCAAUGCGAUACAUAUCAGCUCUAUCGGCCACUCUCAGAGAAUCCAGCCCUGAAGGUGACUCCACACCGAGACCGGAGCGCUGGCCCUCGCCCUAUUGCUCAGAUCUCUCGGAAUUCUCCACGGAACAGGACCAGGAACUGGAGACCACGUCAGAAUUCGCGGAGGAUUCCCUCUCGCCGUUCGACUCCUUUUUGGCAGAAUUCGACUACGACUACAUAGACAGGACUUUUGCGUGAUAGUGAAGUGUUGUGUUGCCCAUGGACUGGUUAUAACUGAUUAGGUAUUCGCAAUUUUCACUUUGCCAUAUAAUUAAUUAAUUAAUAUAUUUUAUGAAAUGUAUUUUGAUUUAUUUAUGUUUUAAUAAAUUUUUCAUUGUUUUCGUUAA